GCUAAAACAGAGACGAAGGCACGAAGUUAUCACCGUCGCUGUCUUGUUAAAACCUCCAUUAUCAUCAUCACCAUCACCAUCGUUCGUUGAAACUUCUCCCAUUCGCAGUUUGAUAAUCAUCUUGAGCUAUUAUUAGUCCUCUCUUUCUUUGAUUUUGGAAGAAAAAAAACAAAAAUUUGAAUUGCUGUGGGGAUUUUACAUUUUAGAGACACAAGUCACAUCGGGUUUAGUUAAUCAUAGGGGUUGUUUGGGUGUUGAAAGAGGCUCACUUUUUUUCAUUUAGUUUCCUUUCUAUUGCUUCUCCUCUGAUCUUAGCUUUAGAUGAUUGAACAGAGAAUAUUGCCACCUAUGGAAGGGAACUUCUUCAGGUCUGAUCCUCAACAAGCACAUGAAGAUGGCUUCUCACUCAGACAAAAAUCUAAUCUCAUCAGCUCAUGAUCCUGUAGUCACUCUCUGCGGACACCUUUUCUGCUGGCCUUGCAUCUAUAAGUGGCUACACGUUAAGUUAUCUCCUGUCUCCAUUGAUCACCAUCAGAACAACUGCCCUGUCUGCAAAUCCAGCGUUGCCGUCACCUCUUUGGUUCCACUCUAUGGAAGAGGCAUGUCUUUGUUUUCCUCCAAGAAACAAAACUCAGAGCUCACAGACAUACCACGCAGACCCGGUCCAUCAACUUUCACUACACAACCAUCUCUGUCUCCAACGUUUCAUAACCACCGAUACUCCCCUCGUGCCUUCACCACAACUGAAUCAACCGACCUUGCCAGUGCGGUAAUGAUGAGUUUUCUUUACCCGGUGAUUGGAAUGUUCGGGGACUUGGUCUACACCAGGAUCUUCGGAACCUUAACAAACACAGUAGCUCAGCCUUAUCAAAACCAGAGGAUGAUGCAGCAUGAGAAGUCUCUUAAUAGGGUAUCGAUAUCCCUAUUUUUUUGCUUCCUCAUUUGCCUUCUCCUCUUCUAGCUCCUAUCACACUCUCUCUAUGUAAAUAGCCUGUAAAAUUCCAAGUCAUUGUGGUAUAACAAGUAUAUACAACCAUUGCUAUCUAUAGACUGUAUCUUAUCUUCAUGAACCAUAUGUAUGUUGGAGAAUCAUAUGAACACUACUAGUUGUUGA